AAUUCCGUGGCAGUUACAAAGCGAACUGGCUGCCAAGAUGGAGAGCAGGGAACAAAUGGCCUUGACCUUCUAUAAUCCUAAGGUUCCCAAAAUUAAGGGGAACCGGCACUACCAAAGGCCUACCCUCCCCGUCAACAAAUAUCCGAAUGCCUCAAUGCCACCCCAGAGGCGGCAGCAGCAUGUGAAUCAGACACACAUCUACAUCCGAACGUUCUGUGGCAGCCUGUGUGGUUUUGGUUUCCUAAUGGUGAUCUGCAUGUCCCCACUGAACUGGGUGAGGUUCCUGGUGAUCAAGAAUGGCUUUGAGCUCUACGAAGGACUCUGGAUCACAUGCAACUAUGAGCUGUGCUGGAGCCACACACCCAAACCACCCUAUUACCUUCAAUAUUCCAGGACUUUCUUCCUCAUCUCUAUCUUCUCCAUACUCGUUGCCCUUGGCUGGCUCAUCAGCUCUUGCCUGCCUGGAAGAGGAAGUACGACCACCAACUUCGAUCUGAAGGUAUCCAUACUGAGCUUCAUCUCAGCCAUCUCCUUGCUCCUCUGCCUUAUCCUGUUUCUGGCACAGAUUUACAGGCAUACUAAGGAUGCCUUGGAGCCAGAUCUCCUAUGGGCCUAUCAUAUUAAUUGGUGGAGUGACUUCUUAUUCACGUUUUCUGGGAUCAUGUCCUUCCUCAACUACAUAACUUUCAGAUUUCCUCCCCUUGAUCAAAAUGUCACCACGAGUCCCACGGAGAAGUCAAGGCUGGGGGUUGGUCCAGUGACCAAAGAAUUACCUGCUGAAGAUGAAGGGUUAAGGUCUGAUAUGGAAGCUCCAACUGAGGAAGACAAAACAGCCCCCGAAGCAGAACCGGGAUGGUGAUAGGAAAACCCAACUACUGCUUGUUUUAAAAACAGAAGAGAGGCUGAGUUGGAAAUGAUUUUGUAGAUCCUAGGAAACUCUCCUAAUGUUAUAUCCAUGCUAUUGAAGGAGAUAGCAGUAAAGCUAUCUUUUGUGUGCACUGGAUCCAAAAUAUGUAUUAUAGAAAUGUAAAGAAAAUAAUAAAAAUCCACUUAAGAAAAAAAAU